AUGACAUCAACAUCCAAAGGAAUUCUCCGCCCAUUUUUAAUCGUCUGCAUUAUCCUGGGCUGCUUCAUGGCAUGUCUGCUCAUUUACAUCAAGCCCACCAACAGCUGGAUCUUCAGUCCGAUGGAGUCAGCCAGCUCUGUGCUGAAAAUGAAAAAUUUCUUCUCCACCAAAACUGAUUAUUUGAAUGAAACUACGAUUCUGGUGUGGGUGUGGCCAUUUGGGCAGACCUUUGACCUUACAUCCUGCCAAGCAAUGUUCAAUAUCCAAGGAUGCCAUCUCACAACAGACCGUUCACUAUACAACAAGUCUCAUGCAGUUUUGAUCCAUCACCGAGACAUCAGUUGGGAUCUGACUAAUUUACCUCAACAGGCUAGGCCACCCUUCCAGAAAUGGAUUUGGAUGAAUUUGGAAUCACCAACUCACACGCCUCAAAAGAGUGGUAUUGAGCACUUGUUCAACCUGACUCUGACUUACCGCCGUGACUCAGAUAUCCAAGUGCCUUAUGGCUUCUUGACAGUGAGCACCAACCCCUUCGUGUUUGAAGUGCCAAGCAAAGAGAAGUUGGUGUGCUGGGUUGUAAGUAACUGGAACCCUGAGCAUGCCAGGGUCAAGUAUUACAAUGAGCUAAGCAAAAGCAUUGAAAUCCAUACCUAUGGGCAAGCAUUUGGAGAAUAUGUCAAUGAUAAAAAUUUGAUUCCUACCAUAUCCACUUGUAAAUUUUAUCUUUCCUUUGAAAACUCAAUCCACAAAGAUUACAUCACAGAAAAGCUUUACAAUGCUUUUCUGGCUGGCUCUGUACCUGUUGUUCUCGGGCCAUCUAGGGAAAACUAUGAGAAUUAUAUUCCGGCAGAUUCAUUCAUUCAUGUGGAAGAUUAUAACUCUCCUAGUGAGCUAGCAAAGUAUCUGAAGGAAGUCGACAAAAACAAUAAGUUAUACCUUAGUUACUUUAACUGGAGGAAGGAUUUCACUGUAAAUCUUCCACGAUUUUGGGAAUCACAUGCAUGCUUGGCUUGCGAUCAUGUGAAAAGGCAUCAAGAAUAUAAGUCUGUUGGUAAUUUAGAGAAAUGGUUUUGGAAUUAAAAUUUUUCAUCAUUUGCACACUUGAUAAAA